GAGCUGAGCCGCAGAGGUGGGGCUCGCAGCACCCAUCAUGGCCUCCCGUAGCGCGGGCACACUACUGACCGAAUUCAAUGCCACCUUCGUGCCCCCCACUCUCAUGCCCGGGUAUAAAGGCCAUGUCCCCGGUGUGGCUUCCUCCUUUGGCUCCACUUAUGGCACCACCACCUUCAAGUACUUCCAAGACCUUCGCAGUACAGCCUUGGAGAGGAGUUAUGCGCUUCUCAGCGGAGGCCGCUUUCCCACCAUUUUCUCUCCUAACCCCUCCCUGGUGCUUGCUGACCAGUCACAGGACUGGGAUCGCUGGCUGAACCUGCCCACCUACACUCGAUUCAACCUGGACAGCAGUCGAGCCUCCAAGAUCAAUAACUUUUAUCAGAAAGCACAGCAACAGCGGAAGUACUACCAGGACAGGACUGGCACGGAGCCCCGUGUUCCCUACUUCGUACUGCCUGUGAGGGAGCCGAACCGGUACCCCUUACCCACAGACCUGCCUCCUCUGAGUCCGAAGAAUAAGUGGCAACUUUUAAGAGUGUCCCCCGACUACGUGAAGACCUACCAGACCUUCCCGUCGGGGAAGAGAGUCUCCUCUCAAGAGCGGCAAAAGAGAGACCUUUACUUCGAGUUCAGAGCCUGAAAUCAGGUGGCUGACACCAGGGAGCCUUGGCCUUGCCAGGCUGCCUUGCUUGCAAUAAAAUCU